AUGCCUAACCUUACCAAUAAUUCUGCAGCGGUGUGGAGGAAGCAGAUGGAUGAAAGAAACCAUGAUAUGGUCCAAAUGCUUACCCAAAUGUUGACCACCGUUUUGAAUCCUUUGAUUCAAAAUACGGCACAAUCGAAUCAGCAAAUGACAACACAGAUGGCGCAAAUGGCUGACUUCUUGGGUGUGCCACAACCCCAUCGACAUCCUCUAAGGGAUGGGAUAAGGGGAAACCAAGGGGUAACCUUCGAAGAAGACCCUACUAUUAACCAAAUUCCACAAAACCAACUGCCACCAGAGAUGCAAAUUCGACAUGAUGAUAUGGUAGCAGAUAACAAUCUAGCAGCUAUGGUCGAAAGGAUUAUGGCACGAAAUGAGGUGAAUUUUGGCCUUCGAAGGCCAAAUUAUACAUCACCUUUAUCGGAAUAUAUCUUACAGACAGAUACACUCCCUAGAACUAAAAUUCCCAAAUUUACUAAGUUUUUUGGGGAUACCACUGAAUCCACUAUCGAACAUGUGGCUAGGUAUAUAAUAGAGGCGGGAGACAUUUCAAACAACGAAAGCCUUAGGAUAACAUACUUCCCAAGUUCUCUCACGAAGAAUGCCUUCACGUGGUUUACAACCUUGCCACAAAAUUCGGUCCACACUUGGAAUCAGUUAGAAAGAAUGUCCCAUGAGCAGUUUUACAUGGGGCAAACGAAGAUAAGUCUGAAGGAAUUAGCCAGUAUUAAACGAAAAUUUACUGAGCCAACUGAUGGUUAUCUAAAUAGAUUUCGAUUGCUCAAAGCUAGGUGCUUUACAUAG